AUGGAGGCUUCUCCUCCCAAAGCACAGGGUUCGGGCCGAUCAGGUCCCCGCAGACGUACCGGCUGCCUGACUUGCCGGGCUCGCAAAGUACGCUGCGACGAAGCCAAACCCAACUGUGCCAAUUGCGUUCGCCUGCAUCUGCAAUGCAGCUACAAGACUAUCGUUCCUGGCCUGGUUGCUCGACGUAAUGGUCAUGGUCAGAAGCGCGUUCGGACAGUAGCCUCGCCGGCUCCUGAUGGUCCUGAUCUAAACUUUUUCAACACAGUAUUGCGGCCCGACGAGCGUCGUCGACAGUCUUUGCAUGCUCACCUCCCUGAGCAAGGCCAGCAGUUGGCACCAGAGAGUCCAGCAAGGUCCAGUUCUGCCCGCGACUUCCAAGGCGCUUUUGAUAUGCUUGGAUUCAUCGGGGAAAUUAACUCCGAUUUGGAACAGAAACACCUCGAUUUGACGAAUGGGCUGUCUGAAUUUCCCUUGGCUGUUGAUAUACCGUCCUUUGUGCAAGCUGAGAAUAGGCCAAUUGAAGACAUACCUACCGUCGACAGUGGCUAUUCAGAUGCCGGGCAAAAUGACCUCUCCAUUGAUAUGGGCAGGCCCGAAACAAAUGCAACGUACCAAGACCAACUCAUAGCUUACUUUCUGAACUCAGAGGCUCCUCCUACAAUCUUUGGGCCGGUAGGUCUUGACUGGGGCUAUAUACGUGGGGUGAUUGCCAGUCUCUCACGGGAAUGCAGCGUUUUGUUGAAUAGCAUCUACUGCUACUCUGAUAUCCACAAGGCUGUAAAAGAAGGGAAAGGAUGGCGGAUGGCAUCAAGAUUUCACCAACAAGCGAGCUCGGAAAUCCAGAUGUAUAUCCAAGAGCCAUUGAACGUUUCAAAGUUGAAGCGAAUAUUCACCGCUGUAUUUCUACUCAUGAUGGCCGAGUCGAUGGCUACCCCCGAAUCAUGGCGCCCCGAAACGUCGUACCUCCACUCGGCCUACCUUUUACUGCAACAAUAUCACAAUCAAACCAAGACAUGGAUCGGCUUCGGCCAUCUAAUCGUCUCGUGGGUAUCGCUUCUAGACGUCAAAGCCCUAAUCGCUGGUCGUGGAGGUGACCCUCUCCUCAAUCUCGGUACCCUGUCGAAACCAACUACAAACAACCUCGAACCAGCCGAUGGCCACGAGGAAGAACGUUCCCUUGUUUUCCAGCCUGCCUACCUCGUCCAACACGCUAUCACCGCUCCAGCGUUCCACUUCUUCACGCAAACCCAACAAGUCAUCCGCAGAAUUGUCUCAAUUGAUCUCCACCACCGCAGUCGCGGCACCGUUAGCGACGAAUUCGAUGUCCUCCAAAUCGCCCACCAAGUCAACGCAGACCUCGAGUCACUCUGGAACACUCGUCCCCGCAUCCUUGAUAUCUACAACCGCCCUGAAACACACCUGUUCGACACGCUCCGCCCCGCUGUCGCCAUUCAAAUAUGCCGCACCUUCCGCCAAUAUGUCGCCAACUUCCUAGCUAUUUUCAUAUAUCUUCACCGCGUGGCGUUCGUCAUUUACCCGCGCACAGACCGCGUACAUCGCGCUGUUGAUCAAAUCAUUCAACUCGCCACGGUAGAGGCCUCUGGUGCUUCCUCGCUUCCGAUUGGAUUCCUUUGGCCGCUGUUUGUGGCUGGGUUGGAAGGUUCGCAUGAGCAGCGUGCGUGGAUCGUCAAGGCCAUGCAACGGAUGGCGGGUCUAGAUAGCCAAAGACAAGAUUCACAUGAAGAUGAAGGUUUAUCCCGUCAGGACCAGAGAUGUGAGGACCAGGAGCCUAAUCCUACUGUUUCUGAAGAUAAUUGCGCCCGGGUUCAGCGCCAUCCGAAUGCGACCAAAGCGCUUCUCCUGUUGGAAGAAAUGACCCGGAGACAGGAUACGUCGCGGACAUGGGCUGAUUCACGAUGUGUACGAGGAGAGAUGUUUACUGAUUUCUUCGUGAUGAUAUAG